AUGACGCAGUUGUCCAUCGAGGACAAAACUUACUGCGAAAUUUCUCCGGUGUCUGCCAUCACAGAAAAAGGCCCCAUAGAGUUUUUUAUCCCGGGGGAUGGAGACCGCUACCUGGAUCUGAACGACACGCUGCUUUACCUACGCGUUAAAGUGUGUAACGCCGACGGCUCAAAUUUAGCGAACGACGCCCAAGUAUCGCUCAUCAAUUAUCCGUUGAACACCAUUUUCGAUCAGUGCGAUGUGAUUUUAGGAGAUCGGCUGAUUUCUCAAUCCAGCGCCACGCACCCUUACAGAGCCGUGAUCGAAACGUUGCUAAACUAUUCGGAGGACACCCUCAAGAGUCAGUUCACCGCGGGGUUGUUUUACAAAGACACCCCAGGAAACAUGGACUCCAUCGUCACAGUCAACGGACCGAAUAAGGGUCUGAACAAACGAGCCGGAUUCAUCGUCAAUUCUCGGGAAGUACAUCUCGUGGGUCCUAUACACGCCGAUAUCUUUUUUAGCGAAAGAUUUUUGCUAAACUCUGUAGAUCUAAGAGUGAAGCUGACGAGAGCCAACGACGCUUUUUGUCUUAUGGGCCCCGACGACUCUACGUUCAAGCUGAACGUAGUCGGAGCCUCUCUGUUUGUGAAGAAAGUCGCUGUGUCACCGGCGGUCCGCAUAGGUCACGAAGCGGCUUUAUUGAAAGGCAACGCUCUAUAUCCCCUCUCGAGGGUCAAUGUGAAAACUUUCUCCAUCCCUGAACACUCUAGAAUAUGCAACCAGGAAAAUCUUUUUCUGGGCACGAUGCCUAAAUACGUCGUAAUCGCUAUGACGAACCACGAAGCUUUCACCGGCAAAAGAGAUCUAAACCCCUUCAACUUUUUACACAACAACGUGGAAUAUUUGGCUCUGUCUCAGGACGGACGACAGAUUCCGGCUAAAGCCUUCCAACCCCAGUUUAACGUCAAACAAUCCGUCAGAGAAUUUUACAAUUUGUUUAGCGCUACAGGGAGACAUCUGAAGGAUUUACCGUUGUGCAUCGACCGUCAGGAUUUUGCCGAAGGCUAUACCCUUUUCGCAUUUAAUCUGACUCCCGGUGACGACUGCGAGGCCUUAUCGGCCGUUUCAACCGGCUCUUUGAGGCUGGAGAUGCGAUUCCGACUGCCCCUGCCGCACACUACUACCCUCAUCGUGUACGCGUGUUUCGAUUCUGUGCUGGAAAUUAACUCAAAAAGACAAGUUCUCGUGGACUACUAUUAG